GUCGCUAAGGCAACCAAUGCCUUUUCCUACUCGCUCUCUAUAUCUCCCCCUUUCUCACUGUCUCGCUCAUUCCCUCUCUCUUCAGCCAGAGAGAGAGAGAUGAUCGGAGGAUUGGGGGCUCAGUGAACAGAACAAAGCGAUGGAGAGAUGCUCCAUCUCUCCUGUCAAACGACUGACCACCCUCCGCUGCCUUUUCUUCCUCCUGGUUGCCGUGGUGACGCGACCCUCAACCUGUAACCGUGACGACGAGGGCGAGGGGCAGGUGGAGGCCCUCUCGGCCCAGCUGUCCGUCCCAGAACAGGUCACACCCACCCCUAUUUGGUCCGUGGACUGGGGCCCCACACUAUCCCUGGAGGACGAGACGCAUCACAUCCUGUCCAGCCAAGAAGCGGACCUGCACCACCACGGCCAUGAAGUCCCCACGACCACCGCCGAGGCCUGGCCGCAUCAUCAGAGUGCACCAGGCAGUGCUUUGCCCCAGGAGCCCCUGGACCUUCUGGAGGCCCCAGAUGCAGAGGGAGUGGAGGAUGGAGGAAGUGAGCCGGAGGAGAGAGAGCCUGAGGAAGUGGACCCUCAGUUCUACGUCACAGUGACCAUCUCCUCUCUGCUCAUCCUGACUGCUGUCAUCAUAACGGUCAAACUCUGUUACGACCGCAGCUGUUCCCAGCACCCACCCCCGCUUUCCCGUGGUGUGGCCCCCCCCCUCUCUCUCGCCCUCCCUCGUUCCCUGGCUCUGGAGGACAGCCGGCAGACGCUGUACGGCACUCCCUCCUUUACCGACAGGGAGAGAACUUCCUCUCCUAUGAGUCACACAGCUCUGGAAGCAGUGAGAGCACAAUCCAUGAAAUGAUGCUUUUAUAGCCGGGGAUUUAAAGUUCAUUUCAAUCAGGGAUCCCCGUGGUGAACCUCUAAGGCAACGUUUCUGAUUUGAUACACAUUCCUACGGGAUGCGACGGGAUGCGAUGGAGAACACCGCCAGAGGGUGUGGCCCGCCGUGGUCUUCGACUUAUCUUUGACUGUGAAAAUGAAAAUCAGGGACCCAGGUAUCCAGCCAUGGCAAAAACCUAUUUUUCCCUCCAUCCCUUCCUCCCGAAGGAGAAAAGCCCGAUCUCAUCCCUUCCUCCCGAGGGAGAAAAGCCCGAUCUCAUCCCUUCCUCCCGAGGGAGAAAAGCCUGAUCUCAUCCCUUCCUUCCUUCCUGCUGCCAUCCUCCUACGCCUCUUUUCUCCACUUUUCUAUGGCUCUGUGUCACUGUAGACUGACCGGACCUUCUGCUCUGUUUUAUAUUCCAGUUGUCUGUACUGCCCCAGGCUGUAGCAGCAACACACGUACAGGUCCCUCCGCUUGAUCUGCUUUGACUAAUUCACAAGCAAACAGUGUUAGAUAUCAAUAGAACAUUUUAGUCCCGCCGGUGCCAAAACCGCAUAGCUAUAUGGGGUUGUUUGGAAUAUUUCAUACAGCUAUCUUGUGUAGCUGAACAUUAAACUAUGAUGAAAUAGUGGACUUGGUUAUUGAAACUCAGUUGAAAGUGAAAUAUGUGUGUUUAUCUGAAACAUAGGUGUUCAGCUAGCUGGUGAAGGGUUAAAACAAUCCCUGUUUCCUAGGACUGAAGGGGGUAUUUCACAAAGCUGGUAUGGCAAUGUUGUCGCCAGCCGCCAAUGUACUUAACGCGACACGGUCCAAAAAUCGCUGUUUACUCCCGCUUGGAAUGCAAAUAGGCCCACUGCAGCUUCCACAUUCCCAAUGUGUUUUCUGGGUGUUUUUUAUUCCCUAAACUAUAUUCUUCGUUUGUUCCUUUUAUUUUCUUGCUUCUUUGCCGCCUCUGUUGUGCAUUUGUGAGUGUGUUAUCUUGUCUCUGGAGCAUGGGGAUGGGAAGGGUUUAUAUAUUACUGCUCUAUAUAGGGUUGGGAAAUUCUGUCAUUUUCACAAAAUUCCUAGGUUUUCCAGACAUCCCGAUUGGAAGAUUCCUGGAAUUAGGAGGGAAGGAAAUACAGGAAUUUUCCAACUGGGAUUUCUGGAAAACCAGGGAAUUUGGGGGUUUAUGAAAAUAGUGGUGCAAACAAUGUACAAUACAUGUUUGCAUAUAUCGCAAUCAGUACAAUCAAACGAUACAUGUGGUACAAUCAAUGGUGGUGUCAGGUAAACAUAAUGGGUAUAAAUGAUACAGUCCAGAAGUAAUGAGCCAUUUUACCAUCAUCUGUUGUUUCUGCUCCGACUUCAAAGCUUAAACGAGUGUUUACUGUCGGAUCUUAGGGUAAUUAAUGUACCUGUGCAACUCGACCACCAGCUUUGAGAAAUGACCCUCUGGACUUCCACUACACUAGUACACAUAGUGUUGUGACGUCAUAGGUGACUUGUGUCGUUCUGCAUUCUAGUGUUUCCUCGGUUCUCAGUAGCAUUCCUGUAGACGUGUGGCUCCACUGUACGAUGGAACAACAAUAAAAACUCAACACUGGUGUUUUA